CAACUUUAUUUUGUAAAUGUAACCCGGAAGGACCCGCAAUUAUAUACCGCAUGUACAUUUUUGCCUGACACGGGGGAGUUAGCUGUUUGCUAAAAAAACAAUGAAGAGGUAGCAGUUUCAGCUAAUUUAUCUCCUUUUACAUGACUUCUUCACGGCUCUAACUUCCCCAAAGUCACAACUACAUGCAGAGACAUCUUAUUUUGUUGGUUCAUAGGACUGUGUGUGUGGGCCGACAACCUUUUGGUACAUUAGUCAAAUAUCAGCAGCCCUCAAAAUUUAGAAGAGUAUUCCUUAUUUUUUCUUGCCCUGAUCAGCUACCCUCACCUGUUUACAUAAAACCCUCAGGGAAAAUCUGUCAUUUCACCUCAGCCUCCAGUGCACACAACUUUCUCCAAAGAAACACUCCCUGGGUUUUCUUUUGGCAGUGCUUUUCUGAGCAUCAAGAUAUGUCAGAACAAAGGUUCCUGGUGGAAUACGCCAAACGUGGCACCGCAGGGUGCAAGAAAUGCAAGGACAAAAUUCAGAAGGGCAUCGUGCGCAUAGGGAAAGUCGUGCCAAACCCUUUUAGUGAGUCUGCUGGGGAAAUGAAGGAAUGGUAUCAUGUGAAGUGCAUAUUUGAGAAGCUGGAGAGGGCGAGAGCCACAACAAAGAAGAUUGAGGACCUGACGGAACUGGAGGGAUGGGAGGAACUGCAGGAUGAGGACAAAGACGUCAUUAAUAAACACAUUUCAGACCUGAUGGCAAAAGUCAAUGCAAGUCCAAAAAAGAAGGUCCAGGCCAAGUUGAACACGUCUGGUCACCUUAUGGCUCCUCCUGCUGACCCCUCUGCCAAUGCUCCAAGGAAGUUUUCUGGCUUCACUGCUGCGAAGGCCGGCAGCUCCAGCAGCCCUGGACCAUCACUUUCCCCAGCCAAAGCCAGCGGAGGCAGCCCCUUGUCCGCUCAGCUUUGUGACCCUCAGCACAAGGACUGCCUCCUCAGGGAGUUUCGCAAGCUCUGUGCAAUGGUGGCUGAGAACAACAGCUACAACACCAAGACACAGAUUAUAGAGAAGUUCCUGAAGAAGGGCACAGGAGGAGAUAAGUUCCAUGGAGAUCUUUACCUGACGGUAAAACUGCUCCUGCCAGGAGUGGUUAAAAGUGUUUACAACCUGAAUGAUAAGCAGAUAGUAAAACUGUUCAGCCGCACCUUCAGAUCCAACCACGAAGAUAUGGUGCGGGAUCUGGAGAAGGGCGACGUGUCCGAGACCGUGAGGAUCUUCUUCGAGGACAGUAAAUCUUUUCCUCCUGCUGCCAAGAGCCUCCUUACAAUCCAAGAAGUAGAUGCGUCCUUGACCCGCCUUGCUCAGCUAACAAAGGAGGACGAGCAGCAGAGCGAGCUGGAGAGCAUCGCCAAAAAAUGCACCAGCAAUGACCUGAAAUGCACCAUCAGACUAAUUAAGCACGACCUGAAGAUGAACGCUGGCGCCAAACAUGUCUUGGAUGCUGUCGAUCCAAAUGCGUACGAGGCCUUCAAGGCCUCCCGUAAUCUGGGCGAUGUGAUUGAGAGAGUCCUGAGAAACCAGCAGGAGGCCUCCAACGGGUCUGGACCCAGGAAGCUCCUCACCGUGGAGGCUUUACUCAUGACCCCCGUCCAGCCGAUGUUGGCUGAGGCAUGUAAAUCCAUUGAGCACGCCAUGAAGAAAUGUCCCAACGGGAUGUACUCCGAGAUCAAGUAUGAUGGAGAGCGCGUGCAGGUCCACAAGAACGGAAACACCUUCAGCUACUUCAGCCGCAGCCUCAAGCCAGUGCUGCCCCACAAGGUGGCCCACUUCAAAGAGUACAUCCCUCAGGCUUUCCCCGGCGGCCACAGCAUGAUUCUGGAUGCUGAGGUCCUCCUAAUUGACACAAAGACCAGCAAACCGCUGCCUUUCGGGACUCUGGGUGUCCACAAGAAAGCUGCCUUUCAAGAUGCCAACGUGUGCCUUUUUGUUUUCGACUGCAUCUACUUCAACGGUGUGAGUCUGAUGGAAAGGCCGCUCUGUGAACGCAGAAAGUUCCUGCAUGACAACAUGGUGGAAGUCCCAAACAGGAUCCUCUUCUCAGAGAUGAAGCAUGUCACGAGGGCAACAGACCUGGCUGAGAUGAUUACUCGUGUCAUCAGAGAAGGACUUGAAGGCCUGGUGCUGAAAGACUUAAAGGGAACCUAUGAGCCGGGGAAACGACACUGGCUGAAAGUCAAGAAGGAUUAUUUGAAUGAGGGGGCGAUGGCCGACACAGCCGACCUGGUGGUGCUUGGUGCCUUCUACGGAAAAGGCUCAAACGGGGGCAUCAUGUCCAGCUUUUUGAUGGGAUGCUACGACCCGGACUCAAAGAAAUGGUGCACAGUGACCAAGUGCUCCGGAGGCUACGAUGACGCCAUGCUGGCCCGGCUCCAGAAGGAGCUAGAUGUGAUCAAAAUCAGCAAGGACCCAAGCAAAAUCCCUGGCUGGUUGAACAUUGUCAAGAACUAUUAUCCAGAUUUUAUUAUCCGCAAUCCUCAGCAAGCGCCGGUCUGGGAGAUCACCGGCGCCGAGUUUUCCAAAUCAGAAAUGCACACAGCCGACGGCAUCUCCAUCCGCUUUCCCCGCAUGACGCGAAUCCGUGAUGACAAGGACUGGAAGACGGCCACCAACUUGCACCAGCUCCAGGAGCUGUUCCGCAUAUCGAAGGAGAACUUUGACUUCAAAGUGACAGCUGGUCCUUCCACGUCCAACGACGACAAAGGCUCCUCAGGAGGAGACAGCGGAGGGAACUCCCCGUCGUCCUCGUCCUACAGAAGAGCUCCGUCCAGGAAGACGAGUAACAGCACACCUUCCAAACCAAAGGUCGUGAAAUCGGAGUCCCGUACUCCCAACUCAGAGGCUCCCAGCACAAAGAAGGCGAAGAAGAGUGACGCGAGAGUUCAGAGCAACGGACAAAGCAAAGCAACUUCUCAGCUGCUGCAGCCGAGGAACGACAAGACGCUGCUGGACAUCUUCAGCGGGGUGAAGCUCUUCCUUCCAGUCUCUGUUCAGGACUUUGACAAACUGAAGCGGUACUUUGUGGCGUACGACGGAGACCUUGUGCCGGACUACGACUCCGCCUCGGCUACGCACACGAUGGGCGAUCCAGAGGGGGGCAGCCAGGCCCAGAAAGUGUCUUCCAGCUGGAUCUGGGAAUGCAUUCGGAAGAGGAGAGUCGUACCUGUCUGCUGAGAGGAGGAGAUUAAAAACAUUCAGACAUGAGUUUUAUCUUUAAAUCGGCAGAAAAAGACUUCAGUAAAGGGCUAGGGUUAAGUCACGGGCAGCUCUUCAGUUUAAAGAUCUCUCAGGUCAUUUUUCUUUAAGCUUUCUGGCUCGUUUAGGAGACCAACGGGCAGCAGACACUAAGGAAUAGUUUUAGGGUUUGGAGAAUAAUGGUAUCCAAGGAGCUUAAGACAGGGCUUCACUACGUUUUAUGAACAUGUCAUGAACUAAAAUAAAUAUUGGUGCAAAAAGGA